AGAAAACUUGUUCCCCAAUCCCACAGAAAAAUAUCUCAGCAACUGUUUCUCUACCUCUGAUUCAUCUUCAAAGGCAUCAAGAUCGAUAAAUCUUCAGUGGAGUAGAGCUUGAUUAGAUAUUGAUUUGCGGCGCAUGUCGUCGGGGUUUACUGAGAGAAAUACUGAAAUGGGUCUUCUUAAUCAAACUUCCAACACAUCUUCCUUGCCAAUGGAUUACCCUAGGAAGAGGAAAACAAGAAGCAGACGUGACGCACCAAAAAACGUGGCUGCAACUCUUGCCAAAUGGAUUGAAUAUAACAACAUCGACUCAUCCGAUGGAAAACCGAAAACACGAAAAGCUCCUGCCAAAGGGUCGAAAAAGGGUUGCAUGAAAGGGAAAGGAGGACCCGACAACUCUAGGUGCAACUUUAGAGGUGUGAGGCAAAGAACCUGGGGUAAAUGGGUAGCCGAGAUUCGGGAACCCAACAGGGGUCGCAGGUUAUGGCUAGGGACUUUUGGGUCUGCCGUUGAAGCUGCAUUAGCUUACGAUGAAGCUGCCCGAGCCAUGUAUGGCCCGUCUGCACGACUCAAUCUACCAAACUGCCGCUCGAUGGAUGAUUAUUAUAUGCUGCUGGCUAACCCUACUUCUAGCUGCGACUCCACCACCACUUGUGACUACUCUGGAGGCGGUGCAGCUCAUAAUUCCAAUGUGGCCUCGGAUGGUUUUGAGGAGAGCACACAGUGUGGUCUGCAAGUUGAACAUGAACCAGUUGUGGUUAAAGAAGAACCUAUUGAGGAGAAGAAAGAUGUGGGGUUUUGCAUUGGUGAUGGUAAUUACUUGCAGAGCUUUUCUGGGGAUGAAAUGAUUGAUAUGGAUGAGCUCCUUGGGAUCGUGGAUCAAACGGACGACUUUGUCUCCAAUUCAAACCACGAGCCAGGAUCUGGGAAUGCUACUGAUGAGCCAUGGUUCGAUAAUAAACCAGAUCCUUGUGAUUAUAGUCUUGAUUUUCUGAAGCCAGGACGGCCUGAAGAUUGUAGUUUUAUGUUAGAGGAGUUGGGUCUGGGUUUGGAUCCUGAGUAAGGUUUUGAAUGCAGGAGAAUUGGUUUUUUUGUAUAGUGUUCAAUGGACCGUAAAUAACAUGCUUACUCGUACUGUACAUAUCAAGAUGUAAGCUUUCAACUGUUCUUUGAGUUGACGCAUUUCAACCAUAGUUUUCUGUGUUGCAUAUGGGGUAAGAUUGGUUCAUCUUAUCCGAUGCAAGUUGGUUUCUUUUGGCGUGAUUGUUUUUUCUGGUCCGGGAC